AUGGGACUUGAGCUAGGAAAAUGGUUUUACUCAGUGGAGUGCAUGUCGGAUAACGGUGACCGUUUGGUCGACUUACGUGAACAGACGGGCCUCAUCAUCGCUUCCGUGUUUAAGGGAAAUGAUCUAUGCUAUCAGCUCACGUGCCAGGGAUUGACGCUUUUAAUGUCUAAAGGACAGCUCAAGCGGAAGAUGAGGACACUUAAACUUCAGCUGGACUACGUUCUGUCGAAGAACAUCCCUCAUUCGGAUAUCCGAAAAUCCAGAGCUAUUUGGUACGUUCUAUUCGACUUUGACCACCGUCCAGUUCUUCUAAGCCUUAGGACAGUUGUUCCACAAGAGAAACCUAACAGGUCCUCCUCAACUGAAAAUCGAUAUGACAGGCCUGAAAGACGAAGAAUGCAGAACGAAAUUCCACCAAUGUGUGUCUAUUCAUAUUGGAGUACGGACCAGGGAGAAGCUUUAUUAUGCGGAUUCCUUCACAAAGUGCACCCAGGAGGCUGCAAAGGAAACACUUCCGGUUCAAAUGCUGCGGAAGAAGUUUGUCUUCGCAUAGGCGAAUAUGAAAUUCUCGUAUAUUCCUUUAUGGAUCGCCCGCAGCACUGA